UGGAGGUGAUGGUGAUGGUGAUGUUGGUGGUGGUGGUGAUGGACACGUUCAUAAAUGUUCACUAACGUCGCCUCCGCACUCCAAUUCCUGGGACACUGCUGCUGAACAAACCAAAACAUGAGAGUUCAGAUUCCUUUGGUGAUUCUCAUUUAUUCUUCAAUCAGUGGGAGUUUGAAGACGUUUUCAAAACGAAAUUCAGUUGAUGGUUGUAUUGACUGGUCAGUGGAUCUCAAGAAGUACAAGGUGCUGACAGGUGAGCCUGUGCGUGUGAAGUGUGCCCUUUUCUACGGAUACAUCAGGACUAACUACACCAUGGCACAGAGCUCAGGACUCAGCCUAAUGUGGUAUAGAAAUAACGGACAGGGAGACUCGGAAGAACCAAUUAUCUUUGCUGGACGCAGAAUAGGCAAGGAAGAGGAUUCAAUUUGGUUCCACUCGGCAGAAUUGUUCGAUAAUGGAUACUACACUUGCGUAUUAAGAAACACAACAUACUGCAUGAAGGUGUCAAUGUCCUUGACGGUGGCUGAAAACGAUUCAGGACUUUGCUUCAACAGCAAGAUCAGAAAUUUUGAAAAAGCUGAAAUUACUAAAAGCAAACAGCUCUUCUGCCGAGACAUUGAAGAUUUCAUAACAGCAGUUAGAGAACUUGAUAUUAUAUGGUACAAGGAAUGUUUACUGAAACCCUGGAGAAGUACAAUUAUUCAAAAGCGCAAUUCCCUUGUGAUACAAGAUGUUCAAGAAACAGACACUGGGAAUUAUACCUGUGAAUUGAAGUACAAGAACAAGGUGGUGAGACGAACAACUGAACUAAGUGUUACAGCUGUACUUACAGACAAGGUUCCUCAGCUCCUGUUCCCUCUUGAAAAUCAACUAAAUGUUGUAGAUGUCCAGCUAGGUAACCCGGCCAGUCUGAGUUGCAGAGCCUUCUUCGGCUACAGUGGAGUGAACCCUAUAAUUUACUGGAUGAAAGGUGAAAAGUAUAUAGAAGAACUGGAGGAUGGUCCAAUCAAAGAGAGCGAUAUCAGAGUUCUGAAAGAACACCUCGAGGAGAAAGAAGUGGAAUUAUCAUUGUUAUUUGAUUCUGUCAAAGAAGCUGAUUUGGGGAAUUAUACCUGUAUUGUGGAAAAUCGAAUUGGACAAUCACAAGGCAGCCUUCUUCUGCAAAAGAAAGAUCUGAUGUACAGAGUGGAACUCGCUGGUGGCUUGGGAGCCAUCAUUCUCCUGCUCACCUUUCUUGUAACGAUAUACAAAUGCUAUAACAUUGAAAUUAUGCUCUUUUACCGGAGUCAUUUUGGAAAUGACGAAGCUGAAGACGAUAAUAAAGAAUAUGACGCAUAUCUGUCCUACACCAAAGUGGACCCAGAUCCACUCACCCAGGAAAAUGGAGGAGAAGAGAGAUUUGCCUUGGAAAUACUCCCAGACGUUUUGGAAAAGCACUAUGGCUACAAACUAUUUAUACCUGACAGGGAUUUAAUGCCAAGUGGAACUUACAUUGAAGAUUUGGCGAGAUGUGUUGAUCAAAGCCGAAGACUGAUCAUUGUUCUGACACCAGACUAUGUCAUAAGGCGAGGAUGGAGCAUUUUUCAGCUGGAGAACAGACUCCAUCACAUGCUUGUUACCGGAGAAAUAAAAGUUAUUUUGAUUGAAUGUACUGGUUUGCAAGGGAUAAUGAACUACCAUGAAGUUGAAGCCUUAAAGGACACUAUAAAGCUUUUAUCUGUGAUCAAAUGGUACGGGCCUAAGUGUAACAAACUGAAUUCCAAGUUUUGGAAACAGGUACAAUACGAAAUGCCCAUCAAGAAAAAGGAGCCUGUUACUCGUGGUCAGGUCUUGGAUUCUGGUGAACAGGGUAUUUUUGGUGAGUUGCAGACUGUUUCUAUGACAGCAAACUCUGCUACAUUAGCAUCUUCCCAGGCAGAGUUACCAUCAAAUUUUCACAAAACAGAUCAUAUGCAAAUGAGACAUUACUGUCGAGCAUAUGGGUAUGACAUUCCCAGUGCUUCAGUACCCAUCACCUCUGUAAGUAAUCAGCACACAUACUGUAAUAUUCCAAUGACACUCAUCAACGGACAGGCACCGCAGAUCAUUAUCAGGAGAGAUCCUUCUCUCCGGGACACUCAUAUGAACAAUGAAAGGUGCCCACUGUCUUCACGGGAAUUCAGUAUAACAAGCGAUAUCUGGUAG